GGGGUGGUGGUUGGAGGUAGGUUUUGAUUUUCAAAUUUUGCAUAUUUUCCUUCUCUCUCUCUUUUUUCUUAAACUGAAAGAGGAUGCACAGGAGGCGAAAUUGAACAUUUUUUUUGUUGGCUUUUGUUUACCUGGCGUGUGUGGCAACCGGCUCGCUCCCUCUCUCUGCUUGCUAUCCCUGACCUUUCUUUCUUUUUGCUCCUUUUCAAAAAAAAUAUUAAUUUCCCCCUUCUGUGCAAUGGAGCGUGGAGGGGGGAGGAGGGGGAAGGGUUUGAGAAUCCACCCAAGCCCGGCCCCUAUUCCCCAGAACACCAAUAAUAACCCCCUUUAAAACAUUUACCUUCCUCCCCUGCUCCUCCCCCUCCCCCUCCCCCCACCCGCCCCCAACUCACAACUCUGUUGAGUCCAGAAGCUCAGAAUCGGGCGUUGGGCUUUGCCGGGUGCUUCAGAUCAAUGGAUGAGUUCCAUCCGUUCAUCGAGGCGCUGCUGCCUCACGUCCGCGCCUUCUCCUACACCUGGUUCAACCUGCAGGCGCGGAAGCGCAAGUACUUCAAGAAGCACGAGAAGCGGAUGUCGAAGGACGAGGAGCGGGCGGUGAAGGACGAGCUGCUGGGCGAGAAGGCCGAGAUCAAGCAGAAGUGGGCAUCCCGGCUGCUGGCCAAGCUGCGCAAGGACAUCCGGCCCGAGUUCCGUGAGGACUUCGUGCUGACCAUCACGGGCAAGAAGCCCCCCUGCUGCGUGCUCUCCAACCCCGACCAGAAGGGCAAGAUCCGGCGGAUUGACUGCCUGCGCCAGGCCGACAAGGUGUGGCGGCUGGACCUGGUCAUGGUGAUUUUGUUUAAGGGGAUCCCCCUGGAAAGUACUGAUGGGGAGCGGCUCUACAAGUCGCCCCAGUGCUCGAACCCCGGCCUCUGCGUCCAGCCACAUCACAUUGGAGUCACAAUCAAAGAACUGGAUCUUUAUCUGGCUUACUUUGUCCACACUCCAGAAUCCGGACAAUCAGAUAGUUCAAACCAGCAAGGAGAUGCGGACAUCAAACCACUGCCCAACGGGCACUUAAGUUUCCAGGACUGUUUUGUGACUUCCGGGGUCUGGAAUGUGACGGAGCUGGUGAGAGUAUCACAGACUCCUGUUGCGACAGCAUCAGGGCCCAACUUCUCACUGGCGGACCUGGAGAGUCCCAGCUACUACAACAUAAACCAGGUGACCCUGGGGCGGCGGUCCAUCACCUCCCCUCCUUCCACCAGCACCACCAAGCGCCCCAAGUCCAUCGAUGACAGCGAGAUGGAGAGCCCCGUUGAUGAUGUCUUCUAUCCUGGCACAGGCCGCUCCCCGGCUGCCGGCAGCAGCCAGUCCAGCGGGUGGCCCAACGAUGUGGAUGCAGGCCCGGCUUCUCUAAAGAAGUCAGGAAAGCUGGACUUCUGCAGUGCCCUCUCCUCUCAGGGCAGCUCCCCGCGCAUGGCUUUCACUCACCACCCGCUGCCUGUGCUUGCUGGAGUCAGACCAGGUGAGAACUGCGGGGGCCCGGAGGGGGGCAGCGGGGGAGGCGGGGGCCCGCUGGCCAGGCGACGGAGCUAG